AUGGCCACCAGCAGUCUCUUAGGAGGACCAUCUCCUCCCCCUUUACUCUCUUCUCUCAAAACCAAAACCAGAGCAGCAGCUACAACGACAACAACCUCAAUAUCAUUCUCUCCGCCACUCCAACUUCAACACCCAAAAUUCUGCUGGUCCUUGACCGACUCGAACUCUCUUCACUUGCCCUCAACAAAAGGUCACGCUGUUUUAGCAGUUGUAGAUAAGGAAACCGGGAUUACGGAGGAGAUUAACAAUGUGACCGAGGAGAAUGAUGACUUUGAAUCGAAGAAGCAAGCAAAACCAUGCGAACUAUACGUUUGUAAUCUUCCAAGGAGCUCUGACAUUGCAGACCUUGUAGAGAUGUUCAAGCCUUUUGGCUCUGUUCUUUCUGUUGAGGUUUCUCGGAACCCUGAGACGGGUGUAAGCCGAGGAUGUGGUUACAUCACAAUGGGUUCUAUAGAGUCAGCAAGGAAUGCAGUUUCUGCAUUGGAUGGAACAGAUGUGGGUGGCAGGGAAAUGCGGGUUAGAUAUUCAGUAGAAAUAAGUUCUAGGAGGAGGAACCCUGAGGCACUGAACUCAGCACCCACAAAAUACCUAUUUUAUGAAAGUCCACAUAAGUUGUACAUUGGUAAUCUUCCCUGGAGUACAAAACCUGACGAGUUGAGGAAUCUAUUUAACCAGUUCGGGAUCGUGGUUAGUGCAAGGGUGUUGUCUGAUCGUAAAGGAGGAAAGAACCGUACUUAUGCGUUCCUUUCCUUUUCGUCUGCUGCAGAACGUGAUGCUGCUCUUUCAAUGAAUGGAACAGACUUCUAUGAUCGCAUGCUAGUUGUUAAAAGAGGGGUUGAGAAACGGCCAAGCUCAUACUGA